AUGGAUUUACUUUCAAAAUUAAACAAGAAAUACCUGAUGGUGCCAAAAAUUUUGUACGUCGCCAUCAGCAUGCAAUAUUAUACGUUGCACAAAUUCAGAUCUCUGUUUGCUAAGGAAAUGUUCGGAAUAGGGGAAAAGGAGCUGAGUGGUGUAGGAGUUCUUCUAUUUAUAACCUUCUUUACCAACAUAUUUAUUGCAACACUGAACGACAGGCUCGGAAGGCCGAGGAUCCUCAUGGUGUACCUUCUGUCGCUAUCCUGUAUUUUCUUCCAAUUAUUUUAUGUAAAAAAAUACGUAAAGAGUAUUUAUCUUAUGUUCUGGAUAAAUUUGUUUGGAUACCUGGGAACAAAUACACCGAUCAUGGCCUUGCUGGAUAAGAUCAUCCUGGAUUAUCUAGCUGAGUCUCCAGACGUGGGUGUCAGGGCUUAUGGGAAGCAAAGAAUCUGGGGGACCAUAGGGUACUUGCUCAGUAUAUUUAUUAUUGAAAGAAUUAUAAGAGGAGGGAUGGGCACAAAUGCAAUAGAUUUUACAAAUCUUAAGUACUACUCUCUUGCCAUAACUAUCAUCUGUGUAUGCCUGGUAAUGGCUUUCUUGAAAGAUUCGGGUAGUGAAUGUAAAGAUCUUAGUCUUAAUACAGCGUCUGAAUGGAAAGAACUAAUGAGAAACAGAGAAUACCUCUUCUUCAUAUUUAUAAUUCUUCUAAAUGGAUUUACACGUUCUGCAAUGACCAUUUAUCUUCCGAUUUACACCAAUUAUGUACUUAAUGUGAAGCCAUAUGCAUUGCCUACAUCGUGGCCUACAUGGAUAAGAAAUGGACUACGCAUCCUCAAUGACUCCCCAUUUUCUACCAUCACUGUAUUCGAGAUUUCGUUAGAAAUGGGAAUACUGUUUUAUUUUGAUGCAAUUUCUAGGAAGAUAGGCCUGCUUUUGCCACUACUUCUGGCUCAGGUGUCGCAGGUAAUCAGGUUUUCAUUAUACCUUGUUCUUCCUCACACAAAUCCUCAUGUAUUUGCCUUUUGCUGUCUAUUUGAGGUUCUUAAAGGAAUAAACUUUGGACUCUCGCAUGGAUCAGGUGUGCAGCUGGCCGAGAAAAUGUGCCCUCCUCAUCUGAAAACGACAUCCCAAAUGAUAUAUAAUGGAACGUUCAUGGCCGUUGGCUCGGUAACAGCAAGCCUUUACUUCCGCUAUGUGUUCAGAAAUAAUGGGACUUCCAUUCCAGAAGAAGCCUUAGGGAGAAAGGUGGAAUCGUUCAAGAUGUUUUUUAUAUCCAACAUCCUUGUCUCCAGCAUUGCUAUCUUUCUAUUCCUCAUUAAGUAUGGAGUUGGGGAUGGAAAGCUAUUCAAUACCCUUUCUUCUCUCAAGAAAAUUAAUCAGAAAGAUGUAAAAAAGAGUAAGUUAUUCACUGAAAAUACCAAAGAACCUAUAAUCAAGGAUUAA